GAUGAGUCUUCAGAGGCACAGAAUCACAGACUAACUCGUAGUUUUUUCAGUUUUAGUAGUACAUAGUAGGCCAACGGCAGGCAGCAAGUUUAGAAAUGCAUGUGAUACAUACUCAUACUCCACACUCCAAUCCCAAGGUCUCGGCUCUAUGCUCGGGUUAUAGACUUUAAAAACGAAUCAUCUCCGGCAACAGACAAAACUAUUGAGAUAUAUAUAUAUAUAUCUAUAUUGAUUCAUUGAUCCAGGUCGUAUAAAACCUGGCAUGUUCUAAAAUAAUCUAUCAAUUCAACUAUAUCUUUCAAAAAAACAGUUUUCUACAAAAUGAAGUUCACCACCAUCGCCACUAUUGCCGCCGUUGCUGUUGCCGUCAGCGCCCACUCAUACGAGCAGGAGAUCACAUGUGGUAUUAAAGGAUUCACUGGAGAAUCAUACGACGAGUCCAAAGUGUGCUGUGAGUAUUCCGGCAACUGCGGAAAUCUGUCCAAGUGCACUGAGAGUUUCUGCAAAGCCUCUGGCAGCUCUGGCAGCAGCAAGAAUGAGUACAAGAUCACUUGUGCCGAGAAACGUGAGCGUAACCCGGAUGCCUUGAAGGGACCCAUCCACAAGAACAAGGAGUGCUGUCAGUGGUCUGGUGAGUGCGGCGACUUGAAGAAGUGUACCCAGUCAUACUGCGAGAAGGAUGCCCAGUCAUCUGACGUGUACAAGCAUUCCGACUUCCAAUUCUAA